AUGUCAAAAUCACCACAAGACUCGGAUAUAUACGCCCAACUAGCCGCCAGAGACACACAGCCCGAGCCCUUGAAAAAGGUCAUUGCUAGAGAACAAGCAAAUUAUGAUUGUUUGAGUUGUAGAGUGAUGGGUGCAACAGCAUUCGGUGCUCUAGGAGCCUAUACCUACUGGUCCGGCCACCGCGAACUCCGCACCCGCGAGCAAGAAAUCCUGAGAUCAGGUUCUAAGCUCACAAUGUCUGCCAGGAGACUAGGUAUCACUGGGUUGAGUGGUAUGCUGAUGGGUUUGGGCUUGUGGAGAGCCUUCAUGUGA